CGGGGAAGAGAAGUAAAGAACUGUUAUUUUGUCGGAGUGCCAGCGAAAAAUGUUCAAGUCUUUCAUCUCGUUUAGGCCGGCCCGCUCUCUCUCAAGGAAAAAGCCAUAACUGAUCUCUUCCUCUGCGUUAUUUUGUUUGACCCAUUCCCUCUCUCUUCUCUACAUGUCCAAACUUCUCUUCACUUUGUUCCCAACCUGCUAUUACUUUAUUGAAAUGGAAAACUAAUCUUGGGUAUCUUCUCUCAAUACCCUGUCUUGUCCUCCACCCGCGCCCCAGAUCGCUUGCUGCCUCGUUGCAGCAUUUUUUGGUUGUCAAUUUGCUAUAUUUUUUUUGUGUCUGGAGUCGGAGAGGAAGGGGCCAGACAGGAAAAGGAAACCCUACCCAUCAUUCUCCAAACCACACCAUACCCCUCUGCCCCCACGUUUCGCCAUUUCUGGGCUCUGCCUCUCGUCUAGGUUUUGGUUGGACCUCGUUUUGAUCUCUGAAAGUUCCAUCUUUCCCCUUCCCUCUCCUCUAAUCUUCAUGGGUUCUUGAUAGUUUUCCUCCCUUCCCCUCUUCUGCUUGAUUCUUUUUAUGCACCUCUGAUUGAUAUUGAAUCCCCUGUUAUGUUUGGAUUAGUUGGAAUGAUGUCUCACUUCCUUACUCAAUCACCCUUCCUAUGCUUUUGAUCUUCUAUCUGUGGCUUUUUUUCUCAAACCCCAGAUCUCAAUACUAGCCAAAAUGGGUAGUAGGACUUUGAUCUGGAUUUUCUCCUCCUUAACCUUAGCCCUCCUAUGUUCCUCCCUAGAUUUUGUUCCUGCCGAUAAUUACCUUGUCAACUGUGGAUCCGACUCAGACACCAAGGUUGGCAGCCGCGUAUUUUCCGCCGAUAAAUCCGAUUCAAAGCUUCUCUCCACCCCUAACCAUGUCAUCGCCAGUACCUCCACAAACCCGACUCCCGACGAUUCCUCACCUCUCUACCAAACCGCAAGAAUCUUCGACAAGCCUUCCACCUACACAUUCUCUAUCAACCGACCAGGCCGCCAUUUCAUCCGCCUUCACUUCUACCCUUUCGUCUACUCAACUUACAACAUGAGCCAAUUCAGCUUCGACGUCUCCACGCCAAACCACGGCCUUCUCAGCAAGUUCACUGUCAACGGUAUCAAGGUCAAGGAGUUCUCCAUCAAUGUAACAUCGAGCACACUCCCCAUCACAUUCGCCCCAUCCGCGAACUCGUUCGCCUAUGUCAACGCCAUGGAAGUGAUGUCAGUGCCAGAUAACCUCAUCGAAGAAGGCGCAUUCACGUACAACCCCAAGGCGGAUUUCAUCGGAGUGGUGUGGCAAGCUCUGGAAACAAUCUACAGAGUGAACAUGGGCGGGCUAUUGCUCAACUAUGCCAAUGACACCUUGUGGCGAACUUGGAUUCCCGACGGCGAGUUCUUACUCGAGGAGAGCUCUCGGCAGAAGAUAAACAAUGUUCGUGCGGUCACUUAUGUCGCCGAUGGCUCAUCAGAGGAGGUUGCUCCAAAGAGUGUCUAUGGUACUGCCUCGGAGAUGGCUUCAGCAGGUACUCCUAAUAACAACUUCAAUGUGACGUGGCAGUUCAAUGUGGAUCUUGGGUUUCAGUAUCUUGUGAGAUUCCACUUCUGUGAUAUACGGCAGAACGGUUCACUUAAUCAGCUUGUGUUUGAUGUUUAUGUGAACUCGUUGUUGGCUAUUAAGGACUUCGAUAUCAGCGCAACUUCGUCCAAUGUUCUUGGUGCUGCUUACUAUCGAGAUGUGGUAACGCCUUUGAUCUCUGAUAACACGCUUCGUGUGAGUAUUGGACCCAGUAAUUUGGGUUCGUAUCCUGAUGCACUUCUGAAUGGGCUCGAGAUUAUGAAGAUGAACAACUCCAUGGGCAGUCUUAGUGGUUCUGCUGCUGUAUCUCCAACAAAUCAUGGUUCCAAGAGCAAAGUAUGGGCGAUUAUAGGAGCGGUGGUUGGAUGUGCAAUUGCACUGUUCUUUGUUGUAUGUCUUGUUCUGACUUUCCGAAGAAGAAAGGAGCAGGAAGCCAUGGGGCAUUCCAAGACAUGGAUGCCGAUAUCGAUCAGUGGCCAUUCUCAUACCACUGGGAGCAAGUACUCGAAUGGAACAGCUGCUAGCAACAACCUCCAGUACCGGAUUCCGUUCGUGCAGGUUUCAGAUGCCACGAACAACUUUGAUGAGAAUCGGGUUAUAGGCAUUGGUGGGUUCGGGAAAGUAUACAAGGGAGUUCUGAAUGAUGGUACUGAAGUUGCUUGUAAAAGGGGCAACCCUCGAUCCCAACAGGGGCUGGCAGAGUUCCAGACCGAGAUUGAGAUGCUUUCUCAGUUCCGACACCGCCAUCUCGUUUCCCUCAUAGGUUACUGUGAUGAGAAGAACGAGAUGAUUUUGGUGUAUGAGUACAUGCAGAACGGUACUCUCAAGAGUCAUCUCUAUGGGUCCGAGCAUCCUAGCUUGGGGUGGAAGGAAAGGCUCGAGGCCUGCAUCGGAGCAGCUAGAGGGCUUCAUUAUCUCCACACUGGCUAUGCCAAGGCAGUUAUCCAUCGCGACGUGAAGUCUGCCAAUAUAUUGCUGGAUGAGAAUCUCAUGGCGAAGGUGGCCGAUUUCGGGCUCUCAAAGACUGGUCCCGAAAUCGACCAGACCCAUGUUAGCACUGCGGUCAAAGGUAGUUUCGGGUACCUCGAUCCGGAGUACUUCAGAAGGCAGCAGCUGACGGAUAAAUCAGACGUGUAUUCAUUUGGGGUGGUGUUGUUCGAAGUACUAUGUGCGAGGCCCGUUAUCGAUCCCACUCUGGCUAGGGAAAUGGUGAACUUGGCAGAAUGGGCGAUGAAGUGGCAGAAGAAAGGACAGUUGGAGCAGAUCAUCGAUCAGUCUCUGGUGGGGAAAAUCAGACCGGAUUCGCUGAGGAAGUUUGGAGAAACCGCCGAGAAAUGCUUGGCUGAGUACGGUGUAGAUAGACCUUCCAUGGGGGAUGUGUUGUGGAACUUGGAGUAUGCUCUUCAGCUUCAGGAGGCAGUUGCUCCAGGAGAACCCGAGGAUAACAGUACGAACAUGAUCGGCGAUCUAUCUCCACAGGUCAACAACUUCAGCCAAGUGGAUAGCUCGGUCUCUGUAGCGCCGUUUGGAGUGUCUCCUAUCGACGAUGACAUCUCGAAUGCUUCAAUGAGUAAGGUGUUCUCCCAGCUGGUCAAGUCCGAGGGGAGAUGAUGGUUUUGCAUUGUUGUAUCACUGCUGCUGAUGGUAAUAUAUGGGAUCUGUUCUUUCCCAGCUUCCUUUAGAGUUGAUGUUGUGUACAGUAACUUACUUCUAGAGCCAAGUUAAGGCGGGAUCUUUCAUCAAUUCAUGAGAGAUGGGCUGUGAAAAAGUGUACGUUUCAAUAUUUGAUGUGUUUGCUGCUAGAGUCGUUUGAGCUCUCUGACUUAUUGCCGGUAUAUGGCCUGGUCCACGAUUUGUGGCCAAAUUGGAGCUCAGAGUUGCGCUGUGAUACAUGGCUUAAUUGGCGCCUGGUCAGUAUAGUAAAAGAUCUCUCCAAGU